AUGCUCGUCUGCGGGCCUCAGACCAUGUGGCAACCCACAGCCGCGGUCGGCACUCGUCGGCUCAGGCCGGCAAACCUUUCGACUGGCAGGGACCUAACUCGCAAGUCGACGACUACAAGUUAUGGGUAUCCUUUGUUCGCCUACGGGCGGUUCGCGAGGAAACAAGGUUCAGCUAUCAACGUGCUCUAUCAUGAGCGAGACGUGAUAAAGCCAGGGUGGACUAAAGUCGUUCGACCCAACAACGACACCAUGUACUCGUCAAUCUUCUGCGAUCUGUCCCAGUCCGAUUUGGUCAUCUCGGUACCUGAGAUUGGUGACCGAUUUUGGUCCUUCUCUUUCUUCGAUAUGUACGGUAACAAUUACAGCUCAGUGAUGGGUUUGAUGGGUCAUAAACCUGGCGACUAUCGUCUGACCUUUGCCGAAGACGAUUUUGGGCUGCACGAGGACAGUAGCGAUGGCGACGAGCGGGGAGUGAUCCAUUCUCCAACUCCCUAUGGAAUAUGGACAGUACGUUUACUGCUUAAAAACCAAACAGACGACGUGCAGCACGUCCAUGCUCUCCAAAACCAGAUUAAGGUGGUCACAAAGCCUCGGGUUCAUGAUUCUGGAGUUCCUCCGUUCGACCUGAGCAUCUUCUCCGAGGUGGCAGGCUCAGAACAAUCUCCUGUGUCGGAAGCAGAGCAAGUUUUGCGCUUGACGGCCGCCCUAUCGAGGUAUAAUCAAUCGGAGGUCUUGCAGGACCGAUCCUGGAUUGCUUACGUCUUGGAAAAGGCGGGUAUCCGAGACGGAGUAUUCACACAGCCACCCAAUACUUCGCUUGCCGUUGCGGUUGACUUGGCAAACUUGUCAGCAAAGGCCCUCAAGCUGACUGCUGGGAUCGUUCGCGAUCAGGGACACGGGUGGUACACGAAUACACCCAUGAUUUGCGGAAAUUUCCGGUCGUUUUACGCCGCAAGGUACCUCGUGGCGAUGCGCGGAUAUCUGGGAGUGGCAUCCGAUCAAGCGAUUUACCCAUCUUACCGUCCUCCUGGGAGUGCCGCUGAAAUACCAGACAUCAAAAUUGGACCCAAGCAGGCGAUUAAACUCUCUUUUAGUAGAAAGCCUCUCCUUCACCCUUUAGGGUUUUGGAGCUUGAGCUUGUACGACAAAGAUCAACUGUUCAUCCCCAACGCGCUGGAACACUACGCUCUGGGAGAUCGCAACGAUCUCAAGUGCCUCGAUGGAACGCCGUUAAAGGAGCAGGCAGAUGGCAAGUUUGAGAUAUUGAUUCAGCCUUCGGAUGUGGUUCCGCCUGAGGAAUGGCAUUCCAACUGGUUGCCCGCACCGCCGGGCGGUGGUGAGGUUUCCUUCACUUUUCGCGUAUUCGGAGCAUCAUGCAGCAUGAUCGACGGGUCGUACGAGUACCCCAAGGUGAUAUUUUCGGAUGCCUUAACCGCAUAA